CCGGCCCCCCUGGCAGAGAUGGCAUCCCUGGACAGCCUGGCCUCCCAGGACCCCCAGGCCCUCCAGGACCUCCAGGCCUCGGCGGAAACUUCGCUCCUCAAAUGUCUUACGGAUAUGAUGAGAAAUCGGGUGGCAUGGCGGUGCCCGGCCCCAUGGGCCCUGCUGGACCCCGUGGUCUCCCUGGCCCUCCUGGUGCUCCUGGCCCUCAAGGUUUCCAAGGUCCCCCUGGUGAACCCGGCGAGCCCGGUGCCUCCGGACCCAUGGGCCCCCGCGGCCCCGCUGGCCCCCCUGGCAAGAACGGCGAUGAUGGUGAAGCUGGCAAACCCGGCCGUCCUGGCGAGCGUGGACCCCCUGGCCCCCAGGGCGCACGCGGUCUCCCUGGAACUGCUGGUCUGCCGGGCAUGAAGGGACACAGAGGCUUCAGUGGUUUGGAUGGUGCCAAGGGUGAGCCCGGCCCCGCUGGUCCCAAGGGUGAGCCUGGCAGCCCUGGAGAGAACGGCGCUCCUGGGCAGAUGGGUCCUCGCGGUCUUCCCGGCGAGAGAGGCCGCCCCGGUCCAUCCGGUCCCGCUGGCGCUCGCGGUAACGACGGUGCUCCCGGUGCUGCCGGUCCUCCUGGCCCAACCGGUCCCGCGGGUCCCCCCGGCUUCCCCGGCGCUGCUGGCGCUAAGGGCGAAACAGGUCCCCAAGGUGCUCGCGGUAGCGAAGGUCCCCAAGGCGCCCGUGGCGAACCCGGUCCUCCCGGCCCAGCUGGCGCUGCCGGUCCCGCCGGUAACCCCGGUGCCGACGGUCAACCCGGUGCCAAAGGCGCUACGGGCGCUCCUGGCAUCGCCGGUGCCCCCGGCUUCCCCGGUGCUCGCGGUCCCUCCGGACCCCAAGGUCCCAGCGGUGCCCCCGGACCCAAAGGGAACAGCGGCGAACCCGGCGCUCCAGGCAACAAAGGUGACACCGGAGCCAAAGGCGAACCCGGUCCCGCUGGUGUUCAAGGCCCCCCCGGCCCCGCCGGUGAGGAAGGCAAGAGAGGAGCUCGUGGAGAGCCCGGCCCUGCUGGGCUGCCCGGUCCUGCAGGAGAACGGGGCGCUCCCGGUAGCCGCGGUUUCCCCGGUGCUGACGGCAUCGCCGGUCCCAAGGGUCCCCCCGGAGAGCGCGGUUCCCCCGGUGCCGUCGGCCCCAAAGGAUCCCCCGGUGAAGCCGGACGCCCCGGAGAACCCGGUCUCCCCGGUGCCAAGGGUCUGACUGGAAGCCCCGGCAGCCCCGGUCCCGACGGCAAAACCGGACCCCCGGGUCCCGCUGGUCAAGAUGGCCGCCCCGGCCCCCCCGGCCCCCCCGGAGCCAGAGGUCAAGCUGGUGUGAUGGGUUUCCCCGGUCCCAAAGGUGCUGCGGGUGAGCCUGGCAAACCCGGUGAGAGAGGAGCUCCCGGCCCCCCUGGUGCUGUUGGUGCUGCUGGUAAGGAUGGUGAAGCCGGUGCCCAGGGUCCCCCCGGCCCCACUGGUCCCGCUGGAGAGAGAGGUGAACAAGGUCCCGCCGGAGCCCCCGGCUUCCAGGGUCUGCCCGGCCCUGCUGGCCCCCCAGGAGAGGCUGGCAAACCUGGUGAGCAGGGUGUCCCCGGAGAUGCUGGUGCCCCCGGUCCCGCCGGUGCCAGGGGUGAGAGAGGUUUCCCCGGUGAGCGCGGUGUCCAGGGCCCCCCCGGCCCCCAGGGUCCUCGUGGUGCUAACGGUGCUCCCGGAAACGAUGGUGCUAAGGGUGACGCCGGUGCUCCCGGUGCCCCCGGAAACCAAGGCCCCCCCGGGUUGCAGGGGAUGCCCGGAGAACGCGGUGCUGCCGGCCUGCCAGGCGCCAAGGGUGACAGAGGUGACCCCGGUCCCAAAGGUGCUGACGGCGCUCCUGGCAAAGAUGGUCUCCGCGGUCUGACCGGCCCCAUCGGCCCCCCCGGCCCCGCUGGUGCUCCCGGUGACAAGGGUGAAGCUGGCCCCCCCGGCCCUGCUGGGCCCACUGGUGCCCGUGGUGCUCCUGGUGACCGUGGUGAGACCGGCCCUGCCGGCCCCCCUGGUGCUCCCGGUGCCCCCGGUGCCCCCGGCCCCGUCGGUCCUGCUGGCAAAAAUGGAGAUCGCGGUGAGACCGGCCCCGCUGGUCCCGCCGGCCCCCCUGGUCCCGCUGGUGCUCGUGGUCCUGCUGGUCCCCAAGGUCCUCGUGGUGACAAAGGCGAAACCGGUGAACAGGGUGACAGAGGCAUGAAGGGCCACAGAGGCUUCUCCGGUCUCCAGGGCCCACCUGGUCCUCCUGGCGCUCCUGGUGAACAAGGUCCUUCUGGUGCUUCUGGUCCCGCCGGUCCACGUGGUCCUCCUGGCUCCGCCGGUGCCGCCGGCAAAGACGGUCUCAAUGGUCUGCCCGGCCCCAUUGGCCCCCCCGGCCCCCGCGGUCGCACCGGUGAAGUCGGCCCUGUUGGUCCCCCCGGCCCUCCUGGCCCCCCAGGUCCUCCCGGCCCCCCCAGCGGCGGCUUCGACUUCAGCUUCCUGCCUCAGCCACCCCAAGAGAAGGCGCACGACGGCGGCCGCUACUACCGAGCCGACGAUGCCAACGUGAUGCGCGACCGUGACCUGGAGGUGGACACCACCCUGAAGAGCCUCAGCCAACAGAUCGAGAACAUCCGCAGCCCCGAAGGCACCCGCAAGAACCCUGCACGCACCUGCCGGGACCUGAAGAUGUGCCACGGCGACUGGAAGAGCGGCGAGUACUGGAUCGACCCCAACCAGGGCUGCAACCUGGACGCCAUCAAGGUCUACUGCAACAUGGAGACAGGCGAGACGUGCGUCUACCCCACGCAAGCCACCAUUGCCCAGAAGAACUGGUACCUCAGCAAGAACCCCAAGGAGAAGAAGCACAUCUGGUUCGGCGAGACGAUGAGCGACGGCUUCCAGUUUGAGUACGGCGGUGAGGGCUCCAACCCGGCUGACGUUGCCAUCCAACUGACCUUCCUGCGCCUGAUGUCCACCGAGGCCACCCAAAACGUCACCUACCACUGCAAGAACAGCGUCGCCUACAUGGACCAGGAAACCGGCAACCUGAAGAAGGCUCUGCUGCUCCAGGGAGCCAACGAGAUCGAGAUCAGGGCCGAAGGAAACAGCCGCUUCACCUAUGGGGUCACCGAGGAUGGCUGCACGGUGAGCGGCUGUGGGGACGGGGGACGCGGGGAUGGGGGGCUUGGAGAUGGGGGACAUGGGGAU